AUGUCUGCUGGUGAUUUACCUAUUAAAUUUCAGGAGCAUCUUAAGCUCUCUGAUGUAGGAGUCGCCGAUUCGGCGAUUUCUUUUAAUACAUGUACACUCGAGAGUGAUAAAUAUAUUUGUGUUAGAGAGUCUUCAUCUGAAGGAAAUAAAGUCGCUAUAAUUGAUCUUCAUGACAAUAAUAGUGUUACCAGAAAAUCAAUGUCUGCUGAGUCGGCAAUUAUGAAUCCUUCUCAGUUGAUUAUUGCUCUCAGAGCUCAGGGUGGGACUUUACAGGUUUUUAAUCUUGACACGAAACAAAGAUUAAAGUCAACUACGUUAUCAGAAAAUAUUGUUUUUUGGAAGUGGGUUUCUGAUAACAUUCUGGGUAUUAUUACUGACAGUUCUAUUUACCAUUGGGAUGUAUUUAACGCUUCUCAAGAUGCUCCUGUGAAAUACACUGAUCGUCAUGCUUCACUUUCGAACUCACAAAUUAUCAGCUAUGAAGUUAAUAAUGAUGAGUCAUGGUCUUCUCUUGUUGGAAUUGCACAGGAAAAUGGCCGUGUUGUAGGGCACAUCCAAUUAUUUUCCAAGUCUCGCAACAUAUCACAGGCAAUUGAAGGUCACGCCUCUUCAUUUGCAACUAUCAAGCUUGAUGGUGGUUCAAGUGAUUCUCAACUUUUUACUUUUGCCAACAGAACUAGCACUGGAUGUAAACUCCACAUUGUUGAAAUCGAUCACAAGGAAGGAAACCCACUUUACCAAAAAAAGGCUAUUGAUCUUUAUUGUCCAGCAGAACUUCCUAAUGAUUUUCCAGUUGCUGUUGAGGUGUCGAAUAAAUAUGGAAUUGUCUAUGUCAUUACUAAAUAUGGUCUCAUUCAUCUCUACGAUCUCGAAUCCGGGGUAUGCAUCUUUAUGAAUCGUAUUUCUCAGGAUCCAAUUUUUACUGCUACAAAGUUUGAUGCCACCUCGGGUGUUCUUGUUAUUAAUCGAAAAGGUAGUGUUCUUUCUGUUUCAUUAAACGAAGAUACUGUUGUUCCUUAUAUUCUUAAUAAUCUUGGAAAUACAUCUCUUGCCUUGGCUCUUGCUUCUCGUGGUGGUCUUCCGGGUGCCGAUAAUCUUUAUCUACAACAUUUCAAUCAACUUUUGAACAGUGGAAAUUAUACUGAAGCUGCCAAAGUUGCGGCAAAUUCGCCUAGAGGUAUUCUCAGAACUCAGGAAACUGUCCAGCGAUUAAAAGGGAUUCAGGCCCCACCAGGUCAAGUUUAUCCUAUUUUACAGUAUUUCUCAACUUUGCUAGAUCAAGGUUCAUUGAAUAAGUUUGAAUCAAUUGAACUUGCUCGACCUGUUUUGGAACAAGACCGUCUCCCUCUUCUUGAAAAAUGGUUGACUGAAAACAAACUUGAGCCUUCAGAAGAGUUGGGUGAUAUUGUUCGUCCAAGAAAUAUUAGUUUGGCUUUAAGUAUAUACCUUCGCGCGAAUAUCCCUUUUAAGGUUGUGGCUGCCAUGGCCGAGUUAGGGGAAUAUGACAAGAUUGUUCCUUACAGCCAAAAAGUUGGUUACACACCUGAUUAUACUUCACUUCUCCAAAGUCUUGUGUAUAGCAAUGCUGACAAGGCUGCAGAAUUUGCGACACAGCUUGUCAACCAAAAGGUUGAAAACCUUGAUUUAGAUAAAGUUGUUGAUAUCUUUCUUUCACAAAAUCAUAUUCAACAAGCCACAGCUUUUCUUCUCGAUGCUCUUAAGGAUAAUCUUCCUGAGCAAGGCAACCUUCAAACCCGUCUUCUUGAAAUGAAUCUUUUGAAGGCUCCUCAAGUUGCGGAUGCUAUUUUAGGAAACGAAAUGUUUUCACAUUAUGAUAGAGCCCGCAUCGCAAAACUUUGUGAACAAGCUGGCCUUUUUCAACGUGCUCUUGAACAUUAUGAUGAUUUGAAAGAUAUCAAGCGUGUCCUUGCACAUAGCAAUGUCCUUAACCCUGAAUGGCUUGUCAAUUACUUUGGAAAGCUGACUGUUGAGCAGACUCUUGAAUCUUUACAUGAAAUGCUUAAAACUAAUAUUCGCCAAAACCUUCAAAUUGUGAUUCAAGUUGCCACCAAGUACUCUGAUCUUGUUGGCCCAUUGAAUCUCAUCAAACUUUUUGAAGAGUUUAAAACACCGGAGGGCUUAUUUUAUUAUCUUCAAACAAUUGUAAACCUUUCUGAUGACGCAGAUGUUGUUUUUAAAUAUAUCCAAUCUGCUGCUCAAAUUGGUCAGUUUCACGAGAUUGAGCGCAUUGUCAGAGAAAACAGUGUUUAUAACCCUGAAAAGGUUAAGAACUUUUUAAAGGAUGCCAAACUUGAUGAUCAGCUUCCUCUUGUCAUUGUUUGUGAUCGAUUUAAUUUUGUUCAUGAUCUUAUUCUUUAUUUGUACCAAAAUCAACUGUUCAAGUACAUUGAGAUUUACGUUCAACGUGUAAAUCCAUCUAGAACUCCGGAAGUAAUUGCUGCUCUUCUUGACGUUGAUUGUGAGGAGUCUGUUGUUAAAGCUCUUUUGGAUUCUGUUCCUGUUGAUAAGAUUCCUGUCGAAACUUUAGUUUCCGAAGUUGAAAAACGUAACAGACUUAAGACACUGCUUCCAUUUCUUGAAAAGGUUCUUGCUACAGGCACUCAGGAUCAUUCUGUUUUUGAUGCUUUGGCCAAAAUUUACAUUGACAGCAAUAAUAACCCCGAGAAGUUUUUGAAGGAAAACAGCAACUACGAUACCCUUGUUAUUGGUAAAUAUUGUGAAAAGAGGGAUCCUUACUUAGCUUUCAUUGCUUAUGAAAAAGGUCAAAACGAUUACGAAUUGAUUCACAUUACCAAUGAAAAUGCUAUGUAUAAGCACCAAGCUCGAUAUCUUGUUGCUCGUGCUGAUUCCGAACUUUGGGAUUAUGUUUUGAAAGAGGAUAAUUUACAUCGUCGUUCUUUAAUUGAUCAGGUUGUUGGGACUGCUGUGCCGGAAUCUAGUGAUCCCGAAAAUGUUUCAAUUGCAGUGAAAGCAUUUUUAUCUGCUGAUCUUCCGACAGAACUUAUUGAACUCUUGGAGAAAAUUAUUUUGGAGCCAUCUCCUUUCAAUGAUAAUCAAAAUCUUCAAAAUCUACUUAUUUUGACAGCCAUUAAGUCUGACAAAGGUAAAGUUAGUUCCUACAUUGAAAGGUUGGACAAUUACGAUGUGACUGAUAUUGCCCAAAUUUGUCUUGAUAAUGGUCUUAAUGAAGAGGCUUUUGAAGUUUACAAAAAGGCAGAACAGCACACUGAUGCUCUCAAUGUGCUUGUUGAUAAUAUUCUUUCCCUUGAUCGUGCAGAAAGCUAUGCUGAAACAGUCGAUAUUUCUGAAGUUUGGAGUCAGUUAGGUAAAGCCCAGUUAAAUGGUCUUCGUGUUUCUGAUGCAAUUGAGUCUUACAAGAAAGCUAAUGAUCCAAGUAAUUUUGCUGAAGUCAUUGAAAUUGCUUCUCAUGCUGGAAAGGAUGAAGAGCUUAUUUCUUAUUUGUUGAUGGCUCGCAAGACUUUGAGAGAACCUCUGAUUGAUGGCCAACUUCUUUUAAGUUAUGCUCUUACUGACAAACUUUAUGACUUAAAAGAUCUUCUAAAUUCACCUAAUGUUGCAGAUUUAGAAUCCAUCGGUGAUAAGCUUUAUAAUGAAAAACAAUAUGAAGCUGCAAAAAUUGUUUUUACUAGCAUUUCUAACUGGGCCAAAUUGGCUUCUACUUUGGUUUUUUUGAACGAUUAUCAAGCUGCUGUCGAUUCUGCUAGAAAGGCUAGUAGUGUCAUGGUUUGGAAACAGGUUAAUGAAGCUUGUAUUGAACAUAAGGAAUUCCGACUUGCUCAAAUUUGUGGUCUUAAUUUAAUUGUUCACGCUGAAGAACUUCAAGAUUUGGUAGAAAGAUAUGAGUUUUCAGGUUACUUUGAUGAACUGAUUUCUCUGUUUGAACAGGGCCUUGUUUUGGAACGAGCUCAUAUGGGAAUGUUUACUGAGCUUGGCAUUUUGUAUUCAAAGUACAGACCUGAGAAACUUAUGGAACAUUUGAAGUUAUUCUGGUCUCGGAUUAACAUUCCAAAAGUUAUCCGUGCUUGUGAAGCAGCUCAUCUUUGGCCUGAACUUGUUUUCCUUUAUUGCCAUUACGAUGAGUGGGACAAUGCUGCUCUUGCCAUGAUUGAACAUUCACCCGAUGCAUUUGAACAUAAUUCUUUCAAAGAUGUUGUCGUUAAAGUUGCAAAUCUCGAGAUUUAUUACAAGUCCAUCAACUUUUAUAUGGCAGAGCAACCUCAACUUAUUAAUGAUCUUCUUAAUGUUUUCAUUCCACGUGUUGAUGUUAGCAGAGUUGUUAAGAUGUUUCAGAAGAGUGAUAAUCUUCCUAUGAUCAAACCAUUUUUAAUCGCUGUGCAAGGCCAAAAUAUUUUUGCUGUCAAUAAUGCUUACCAUGAUUUGCUUAUUGAGGAAGAGGAUUAUAAAUCUUUGAAGGAUUCCGUCGACUCGUUUGAUAGAUAUGACCCUAUUGAUUUAGCUUCUCGGCUAGAAAAGCAUGAUCUUAUCUAUUUCAGACAAAUUGCUGCCCAUAUCUAUAAGAAAAACAAGAAAUGGAAUAAGAGUAUUUCUCUUUCCAAGGAAGACAAACUAUGGAAGGAUGCAAUCGAUACUGCUGCUACUUCUUCAAAGGAAGAAGUUGCUGAGGAUCUUCUUCGCUAUUUUGUUGAAAUUGGUAACAAAGAAUGUUAUGUUGCUACUCUUUAUACUUGUUAUGAUUUGAUCAAGCAAGACGUUGUUACCGAACUUUCUUGGGUUCAUAAUUUAAAGGAUUAUACUAUGCCUUAUUUAAUCAAUGUUCAGCGUGAACAAAACACCCUUCUCGUCCUUUUGAAAAAAGAUAAUGAAGAGCGCAAGGCCAGAGAAAAGGAACAAGAAAAAAAAGAAGAGGAAACUCCAAUUUUGGGGGCUGGAACUAGACUUAUGAUUACCCAAGGUACUGGUGGUUUUUCGAAUGGUGGACCUGGGUUUGUUAGUGCUCAACCAACUGGCUUGGGAUUUUAA